UCUAAAUAUAAUUGAGAAACCUAGCAAUACCUAACAACAACCUUAAGUAGUCCUCUCCUAGUUAAAAAUAUCUUCUUUUCUAUUUUAUUUGCGGAGUGUCUUAAUAUUAUAUGCCAUCAAUGUCUUUGUAGUAGCCGAAUUAAUGAUCUACACCCAACGAAUUAAUUUUGUCAUCUUCCAAUUUGUGGCAAAGUUCAGUAUUGAAGAAAGAAUAGAAGCCAUUUUCACCAACAAAAAAAAAAAGAAUAGAAGCCACCGAUAUUUCCAAUUUCUCUCUACAAUUCUAGUUUAUAUUUUGUUGGGGUUCUGUGUGCUCCACUGCUCUGUAAGAUCCCACGCAGACAUAAAUCUAACGGAUAGAUGAAAACCAAGAAAAUUGAAUAUAUAGGAACAAGGAACCUCUCUCUCUCUCUCUCUCUCUCUCUCUCUCAUGCACAGUGCACAGUGCUCACUAAGCAAGCAAAGCCAAAACCAAACAUCAUCAGAACAAAAAAAAUAAAAAAAUAAGGUGGAUGAUGGUGAUGGUUUAUUUACUUCUCCUUUUCGCAAACCUAGCUAGCUUCUUCUACAUAAUAAUACUUUUUUUCUCUCAUCUUUGACGCACUCUCUUUCGUUUCUCCCUCCCUCCCUCACUUUCGUCUUUUUCCCCGACAACUAAUUCCCUUGUUGCCUGGCUUGUAGCUACUUCCAUUUCCCUUUUUGUUCUUCCUUUUAAUUAACCAGGAGGCAUAUAGCAAAGCAAGCAAACAAAAAGCAUCUAUGGCCAUGGAUGAUCACGACCGUCCAUCAUCUGAUUUUUUCCAAGAACACGAGCAGUGCUACUACAGCGACACCACUUGCAACUUAGCUACUCCAGGGGACGAUCUUUUUAGCAUAUUGGAGAGCUUAGACGAUGGGUUUGGAUUCGGAGGAGCCAUGGAAUUCCCUCCGCCGCCAGCCACGGUGGCAUUGGAUGAUGAACAACCACCGCGACCGCUUGUUUUCAGCUCAUCCUCAGCUGACCAGACCGAGCUUGACGAAACCAAUUCGACCCCAAAAACCAAGAGAUUGAAGCUCUCUGCAUCACCUGCUUCGGGCGGCACCGCGACCACUUUCUCAGAUGAAGAUGGACAACAAACAAGGAUGUCUCAUAUAACGGUGGAGCGCAACCGCAGAAAGCAAAUGAACGACCACUUGUCUGUCCUGCGCUCUCUCAUGCCUUGCUUCUAUGUCAAACGAGGAGAUCAAGCAUCAAUAAUUGGAGGGGUGGUUGAUUACAUCAAUGAACUGCAGCAAGUUCUUCAAUCGCUUGAGGCCAAGAAGCAGCGAAAAGCCUACAGUGAAGUGUUAAGCAGCCCUAUGCUGGCCUCAAGUCCAAGACCACCUGGUCCAUCACCACCAAUCCUUAGCCCUAGAAAACCCCCUCUCAGUCCUAGGCUUAGCUUGCCCCCUAUCAGCCCAAGAACCCCUCAGCCAACCAGCCCUUACAAGCCCUCUUCUGCGAGGGCUCUGCAGCAACCACCACCACCACAAUUACCUGCCGCUGCUAAUAUUAUUUGUAAUUAUCUGAUUUCUAGUCCAAACAUGCCCACCUCAUCGUCAUUUGAAUUACCAUCUCCUUCUUCUUCAACUACUUCCUCCCAUAUCAAUAAUAAUAAUAAUAUUGACAAUCUCAAUGAGCUCUUCGCCAACUCCAAGUCCGCCGUCGCCCAAGUGGAAGUGAAAUUUUCAGGUCCAAAUGUUCUUCUCAAAACGGUGUCACCUCCGAUACCGGGACAGGCUCUCAGAAUCAUUUCUACUCUCGAAGAACUCUCGCUUGAAAUUCUUGACGUCAGUAUCACCACCGUUGACGAAACCAUGAUUAAUGCCUUCACCAUCAAGAUCGGAAUUGAAUGCCAACUUAGUGCCGAGGAACUGGCUCACCAAAUUCAGCAAACAUUCUGCUAAUUGCAUGCCCUAUGCUAUGUACCUAACAAUCUCAUCAUAUCUCCCCAUUGGCCAUUGCUAUUUGCUGCUAAUAAUAAAACAGAAUGUGGGAAAGGCAUUUUUACCAUUUUCUUAUUAACAAAUAUGUAAUUCUAGGAUCAGAUCAGUAAUAACUUGUUUUAGCUAGGGUAACCCUUUGUUUAAUUCAUCUUCUUUUAGUCUUAAUUAAUUUCAUGUACACAUGCGUACAUGAAUUUCAAUUUCACAUAUACAUGCGUACAUGAAUUUCAAUUUCACUUUUUUUUUUCUUUUUUUAUGCCUAAGGAAAAGCUACAUAUAUCAUUAUGAGUUGUCCAUUAAUUUUAAAACAAGAAAAUAAUUAUUAUUUUCGAAUUAUGCUUAAACUUUAAUUAAUAGUGCUAUAUAU